AUGACUAAGCAAAAGAAAAUUGAAAAUGAUGUCAUGUCAUUGAAGCAGGGAAGCAACAAAUCACAGGAGCAGCCCGACACAACACAGGGUAAAUUCCUGCCACUCCUUUAUACCAGUAAAGCAAAAUACAAAAUGGAAAUUUACAUCUUCACAAAAGGGACUAUAUUUUGCAUUAUGGCAUCUGUAGGACUUGUUGGAAACAGUAUCAUUUUGAGAUCACUCGUAAACAGUACGUAUCAUGAAUACAAGUCUGCACCAACAGAAACAAUCCUAUUUUACACUGGCCUGGCAAACAUGUUUAUGAUCCUGUCACGGGGAGUUCCAAAAUUUUUAUUUGACUUUGGAAUUAGAAAACUCUUUAAUGAUCCUGGCUGUAAGUUUCUCAUCUAUGUAUCUAGGGUUUCUAGAGCCAUGGCAAUAUGUUUAACUUGUUUCUUAAGCUGUUUCCAAUGCAGCACCAUUGCAUCAUCCAAGUGGAAAUGGGCCUAUAUUAAGGUCUGCAUGCAGACCUGUCUUGUACGUAUUAUGGUUGGUCUUCUGCUAAUGAACAUGACGGCCUGCAUUGCAGCACCUUAUCUGACAGUGUCUUUCAACAACAAUACAGAACAUAAAUAUACAUUUAAUUUAGGAUACUGUUUUGUUAUCUUUCCAGACAAUAUUUCCUUUCAGGCAAAUGGCUUUGCUCUGUUUGUGCGUGACUUACUAUUUGUUGUUCUUAUGAGUGUUUCAAGUGCUUAUAUUUUAUUGAUUUUAUAUAGACAUAAGAAAAUGGUAAAACACAUUAAAAGAUCGAUUCAAAAUCAACAAACUGCUGAGAGUCGGGCAGCUAAGACAGUAGUUACAUUAGUUUCACUUUAUGUAUGUUUCUUCGGAAUAGACAAUUCACUCUGGUUUUACCAGAUAGCCUCUGGACAGAUAACUGAGAUGCUAUAUGCAUGGUCAGAUAAUGAGCUGUGA